CCGGCCCCUUCAUGAUCACACCCACACACAAGCCAUUCAUCUCACCAUCAAACACCUUACAAAUCAAUCAAUCACACAACCACAUGGCCGCCGCCGCCGCCGCCGCCUCCCGCCGCGCCUCGCUCGCCGCGUCAUUCCUUCUCCUCCUGCUCCUCGCGGCGCCGCUCCGCGGGGCCGAGGCGAUCACAUGCGCCGACGUGAUCAGCUACGUCGGGCCCUGCGUGACCUACAUCACCGGCGGCGAGAUAUCGCAGGCGUGCUGCAGCGGCGCCAAGGAGCUGCGCGACGUGGCAUCAACCACGGCGGUGCGCCGCCAGAUCUGCUCGUGCCUGAAAAGCGAGGCGUCCUCCUACUCGGGGCUGACCGUCGACGCCUUCGACAAGAUCGUGGCGCAGUGCGGGGUCAGCCUCCCCUACAAGAUUGGCGCUGACCCUAACUGCUCAGUAUUGAACUGAGGCAUACAAAUUAAAGGAAUUGGAGCUGCAUGUGGCUACACGUACGUACGCAUGCAUGGAGGAGUGUGAGAAUAAGUUGUUAUAGUUGUUCUAUAUGAAUUUGCACUAUAUAUAUGUUAUAUGUGUGUGUGAAGUGGCAUAUGUGUGUGUCUUAAUUAAUUAAAUAAGAGAGGGGGCCAAUAUUUGGCUGUUGUGAGCCAUGGCCUCGUUGUUUGAGUUCAAAACAAA